AUGUCAUUCGAUAAAAACAAUCGAGGUUCGCGAGACAGACAGCGGUCAUCUUUCCGACGCGCCCCGAAAUUCGAUCAUUACAAUAUACCUACGAAGCUCCCAUCACCCCCUCAAGAAGAUGGUCCGCAUCCACGACACGCUAUUCGCCCAAGAUCUCUAGCCGAUGCGUAUCGAGACGCAUCAAAACACGCAAUGUCCGCCACAUAUGACGAAGAAUACAACUACGUGACAAGCCCAAGCCCGCGGUCGAAGCGGCAGCCGAUUAACGCGUUGUCGCCAAUAUCCCAGACUUCUCCUCCUCCCAAAGAACUCGAAGACGCAUAUAGGCGUAUCGAUGAAGAUGACGCUUUAGCCGAUCUCGUGCGCGAUUAUGACUGGGAACCGCAGUACAGCGCACGCUCCGGAAGCCGAAGUCGGCACUCAUCCUCCCGAGCAAAGGACACAAACAACGGCAGAGAAUCUGCCAAUGGACGACCCUUUUCCGACGCUGGUUUUGGCGAUGAACUCGGCGAUCAUCGAGCCCGCAAGAGCAGGGACUAUACCAAGGACGAAGAGCGAUUAAAGCGUGUCACGGGCCAACGCUCGCCGGUGUUCAGCAGGGCUCAGGUCGGACGGGAUGCCUUGACGGCGGAUAAUCUAAGAAGACGGAUGGAAGAUAAGGUUGUGGAGGAACACCCUGUGCCAGAGACUGACAGGACCGGCCUUCCUUCGCCGAAUAUACCCACUGGUUGGGGUUUCCGCGCUGGUCACCGACAAGAAUGGGAGAGAAAACCCACCCAGCGCAGUGUCUCGGCAGAAGAAGAGGAGAAAGCGCGUCGGCGCUGGUCGCCAACUAUUACAGAAACCCGGGAACACAAGCCUACACGUGCCUCUCCUGGUUCUCCAGCGCGGAGCACACUUUCUGCUAGAAGCGCUCUUGAAGAACGCUCUGCCAAUCCGCAUAUGCAGUCAACGCAAGAGGACUUCGGGGAAGCACAGUCUGGCCCAAAGCUGAUUUCACCCACUAGUGGCGGCGAGCCGAUUCCCAAUUCCCCUAUCACAGUGUUCAAAAACUCGUCGUUUGCGAGGCCCAGCCCAAGCAAGCGAGACUCUAGGGAUCUACUACGCAAACUUUCCAGGACCGAAAGUCCCAAAAUUGAUCAAGCCCAAACCCCCGAGCCAGUCAAACUGUUUGAAAGCAAAAUUUAUGAUAAAACACCUCGGGUAACUGGCGCGUGGAUCGAUACUCCUAUGACCCAGCGGGUUGCUGACAAGGUCGAGCUACCCGAUGAUCUGACGAAAGACAUCGUCCCUCCGCGCAUAAUGAAUGAACCAAAGGAUAUUGCACCCCCUACGAAACCAACGGAUGUCAAAUCGAAAACGGAAGAACCGAAGCCCGCGCAGGCUGCCGAGAAAGAGCCCCUUCCUGGACCACUUCCUGGGAAGGAGUCAAGACCCCUGUUGAUGCGGCCCAUUCUACCUAAAAGUGCCUUAGAGACAGUCAUUGAGGAUGCAAGCUCCGGCAAAGACGUCGAGUUCGGAGAUGACACCAUCGAGUCACUUCAAGCAUUUAUGGACGCCGGCGCAGGUGAAACCAAGGCUGAGGAAGAUGACGAAGCUUACAAAAAGGCCGUCCUCGCCCAGCUCGAAAAUGCCGAUUCAAAAGGACAUGAUGUGGUUGACUUAGAUUCAUUGAAUGUCAAGCUCAACUCUCUAAUGAGACAUAUCGACGAAGUCAAGAAAGGGCUUGACGGGCUGGAAGAUCACGUUACACGGGACACCGCAAUAGUAUCGCAAGCAAAUUCUUCAACCAAGAAGAACCCGCUGUCAUCACACUUGCACACAGGCGAAUCCUGCAAAGGCUGUGGCACACAAUCUGAUGGACGAGUCUACGCCGCGAUACCUCUUCCUCGGCUGUGGAAGCGGAGCCCGCGAUCCCAGCGCCUUCGGCCCACCAAGCUCGGCUGGUUCAUCAUCAUCUCACUCUCGUGGUAUAUCAUCGAAUGUCUGAUGUGGGACCAGUAUAGCCAUCCUGAAAUAUCCGAAAGCUGCGAAGGCUACUGCCUGCAGCCCGAUGCGCCUGUAUACCCCUGGGUAACUGUCACAAUGUUGUGGCGCUGGUCACACCUUUCGGUUAUAGUCACGCCCAUUUUCGCUAUCUGCGUUGCCUUCUCUCGGCUUGUGGCGCAAUUGAUGGGUCUUUCGGAUGGCUACGUGGAUGACGCGCCGGAGCUUGGAAAUAUCAUUGGCGAAAUCCGCAUCAACGGAACGCCAGUUGCGUUCCCUUGGCUUGCAGCCUGUCUGGUCAGCUCGCCCCCGCCCCCGCAGAUGUGGGACAAUGACCGGCUGUCGGAGGAGGAUGCAAUGGACAACGAUGAAUAUCUUUAG